ACAAUAACACAUCAGUAACACAUCAAUAAAGCGGGAGGAAAUAUUCCCCGUGUUACUGCGUCGUUUUUUUUCUCUGUCGUCGGGGUGUCGUGGCGUAAUUUCAUUGGCUAUGCACAUUAAUUCUACGUGCAUAGUACUGAUGUAAUAUUUUUUCCCAAUUUGGAGCCGACCCAACUCAACUCAAAAUAGAAUUAUUAACAACCCUGAAUGUAUCAUACAACAUGAAAAAACGAACACGAUACACCCAAAGAAAAAAAUUCGAUGUAUCGCAUCUGUUGUCGAGAAGCUGAUUGUGUCUGGACUCUGGAUACAAUAUUUUCACAAUAUUUCAUGCUCUCAAAUAUCCCUCACUUUCCCACACCUACUAUCUUCUUCUCCGGCGAGGUCAGCUUCCGAUCUCUCUGCAAGUUGCUAAGAUGCUCGAUCUCGUUCAGAACUAAAUGUCCAUCUCUAGUCAAAUAAACCCAUUUUAAUCUUAUUCUCCCCUUCCUUCUACUUCCAUUAUCCCUUUUAAGAAUCCUAUUCUUCGUCUUCUCUGAUCUCCAACUGGUUUCAACCAUGGUUUUCCUCUGUUUUUUAAUAGCUGAAACGAGCCGCUUAGAGAUGCCGCAGAACAAAACCUCGAAGAAACAACGCUUCCUCUCUACCUCUUCCCUUCAAUUUACCGAAUCACUUAGCCCGUAGAUGUCUGUAUCAGUUAACGCCAUUAAAGUCUUCUUCUUCUCCAAUCCAUCCAAAACCAGACAUUUUUCUUCCUCGAGGAGGUCAAAGAUUUCACCUUUAUUCUCCGCUUCCAAAACGCACGGCUUUCUGAUAAAAUCAGGGACGUCUGCUGAUAUAUAUGCUUGGAACAAUGUGCUGGCUGGUUACGGCAGAUGGAGUGGGGUUCAAGCCGCACACAACCUGUUCGACGAAAUUCCUCAGCCGGAUUCUGUAUCCUGGAAUUCUCUCAUUGCAGCUUAUGCACUUACAGGAAACCAUGAACAGACAUCUCGUCUGUUCCAAAAGAUGCUACAAAAGAGCUUGUUCUGUAAUCAGUACACACUUGGAAGUCUUCUGAAGUCAGUUUCUUCCUCCCAAUUCCCACUCCUGGGGCUUCAGCUCCAUUCUUUUGUCAUAAAAACAGGCCUCGAUCAAAAUGUGUUCUCAGGAACUGCCCUGGUAGACAUGUACGGCAAGUUUGGUAAAUUAGCUGAUGCCCAUUCGGCGUUCGAGUCGAUAGCUCAGCCUAACACAGUCUCAUGGAACACCAUUAUUUCAGCUCAAGCUCAACAAGGAGAUCUCACCACCGCCAUUUCGCUGUUUCGUGACAUGGAAAUGGAAGGUUUAAAACCAGAUGAAUCAUCGUUCGCUACCUUGUUACCGUUGCUCAAUGAUCCUUCAUGUUACAGUAUGGUGGUUCAAAUCCAUGCUAAGAUUGUUAAGUUUGGUUGGGUGGUUGAUGCCAUUGUGUACAAUGCCACCAUCACCGCUUACUCCGAAUGCGAUUCGUUGAUCGAGUCAGAGAAGUUGUUUGAUGGCAUGGAAGACAUCAGAGACUCUGCAAGUUGGAAUUCGAUGCUUGCAGCCUAUGCUCACCAUGGCUUCAUGGAAGAAGCAGUGAAGCUCUUCAUGAAAAUGCAGAAAAAUGAGAUUUUUCUUGAUAUUUACACAUUUACCAGCAUCAUAAGUGCUUGCUUUGAGUGUGGGCAGAUCUGCCAAGGAAGGAUUUUGCAUGCAUUAGUUGUUAAAAGUGGCAUGGAAGGGGUACUCUCAGUUUCCAAUGCUCUAAUAGGGAUGUACAUUUGUAAUACGGAGGAAGCUUUGAAGUUCUUCAAUUCAAUGGAGCUUAGAGAUGAUGUUUCAUGGAAUUCUAUACUGACUGGAUUCUCACAACAUGGGUUUAGUGAGGAUGCAUUGAAGUUCUUUUGCCAUAUGAGAUCAGUGAGGGCUCGGAUCGAUCACUACGCGUUCUCCGCCGCACUUCGUUCGUGCUCGGAUUCGGCAGUGCUUCAGUUGGGUCAGCAAAUUCAUGGCCAAGUCCUGAAAUCAAGUUUUAGAUCAAAUAAUUUUGUGUCUAGUUCACUUAUUUACUUGUAUUCUAGAUGUGGGAUCAUCGUCGACGCCCGAAAGUCGUUCGACGAAAGUUCUAAGGAUGACUCAGUCAGUUGGAACUCAAUGAUUUUCGGGUACGCUCAACACGGGCAUGGAGAGGUUGCUCUAAAUCUCUUCCAUGAGAUGCAAGAGCUAGGUGUGGAGGCAGAUCAUAUAACCUUUGUAGGCCUUCUUAGUGCAUGUAGUCAUAGUGGUUUAGUAGAAGAAGGCUCCAAGCUUUUGGAAUCUAUUGAGCCAGUCUACGGGAUUCGAUUACGUAUGGAGCACUACGCGUGCGGAGUCGAUCUUUUCGGUCGAGCAGGUCGUCUUGCUAAAGCGAAAGAGCUCAUCGAAUCGAUGCCAUUCAAACCGGACCCCAUGAUUUGGAUGACUCUAUUGGGUGCAUGUAGAGUGCAUGGGAACAUGGAUUUGGCUGGCCCUGUCGCGAAGAGUUUGAUAGAAUCAGAGCCAUCAGUUCAUUCCACAUACGUUAUUCUCUCGAAUAUGUGUGCUGGAUUAGGGUUUUGGGAUGGUAGGGCGAUGAUGCAGAGGGCGAUGAGGGAUAGAGGGGUGACGAAAGUGCCGGGUUGGAGUUGGAUUGAGGUGAAUAAGAAGGUGCAUUCAUUCCAUGCUGAAGAUAGAUCCCAUCCACAAUGUGAGGAGAUAUAUGAUGGUUUAGAAGCUUUGAUGGAUGAGAUAGAACAUGUGGAUAAUGAAUGCAAUGAGGAAAGCUAUGUGAUACAAUGUUGUGGUUCCAUCUUCUUGUAAGUUAUUGUAUUCUUUUCAGAUGAAUCAAUAUGGAUGAUAAGAAUCAAGUGAAGGUGACUUUAUAAAUAUGCC